GGGAGAGACAGGAAAGCAGACAGAAGGCAGCAUUUAGAAGAACGUGGUAUCAAUCUGAAGAUCUUUUGCAGGGAAGGGUGGUGAUGUCUCAACUUCAAAUGUUAUGGGUCCUUAUUUGAGAUCUACACUCAACUUUCAUCUUUCAUGGACACUCUGGUAUUUAUGAAAGUGCACCUGGAAUCGUGGGUCUACAAAGGAUUGUAUGGUCAGCAUGAUUCGAAUCUUGAACUAAUGAAGGAAAUUUUGCAUCACUACAUUUGUAUUGAAGUUGAUGAGGGUUUAAAUGACACAGUCAUGUACAUUUAUGGAUUGAAAAUUUUUGCGAUGUUUGCAAUGUUUGUGAUUGUGUCCCUAGCUUGCAAUCUCCGGAUCAAACGACAUCGAGCCAGAGCCUGGGCCAGAGGCCUGCAAAGUCCUGUGUGGUGGAACUGGAGGUACUUCAUUUAAGAGGACGCCUGUCCAGAACCCAUUGUUCAGAUGUCCUUUGCCAUAAUGUUAACCUUGGAACAGCCUUGCCUGUGGAGAAGCCGGCUUGACCAUGAUGCCAAGUUCCAGAUCUUUUUGUGCCAGGACAGGUGGGGAGGGAGGUUUUACCAGUGUUCUUAACUAUACUGUGAUUUUUAUUAUUGCCAUGUCCAGCUUUUAAGUGGGGUUUUAACGGUUUUAUACUAAAUAAAAGUUUCAGGCAGAAGAAAGGAUCAUGU